CAUCGCUGAUGAUGGAGUGAUGUUCUCUAAGGACUGCACCUGGUCCUGCACUCACCUGCGGAUGAAUGACAGAAGAGCUGAAGGCUGGACCCGCUGACUAAUGGCUCCAGCAGCGCUCACUCACUCACUCAGUGUGUUAUGGGUUAAUUCAUGCAAUGUGAGGAAUCUCUCUGCUUCUUUCUCAAAGGAACCUGCUAUUUAUUGUUUUGUGACCGUUAAUGCCCACCAACAGCUCGUGGAUAUCCAGCUGGACUGCUGAUUUGACAGCGAUGUUUAUUGAUUGUUUUUAUGAGGCUCGCGUGUGUGUGUGUGGCAGUCGAAAUCUAUCAGCAGCUUUUUGCGAUGUGAAUCAAUCAAACUCGGGAAUUAUGAGCUGGAAUUCGCCUUUAGAUCAUGGAAGUAGGCUACUGAAGAAUCCAGAGGUUCAUUAGAGCUGAUUGGAGUUGGAGGAAAAGUACAACUGGUUUUAUUGCUUUUGCCUGGAAGUCGGACGGUUUUUUUUCGGAUAACGAUCAGGAUAAGGACCACUCUCCACUGCUAUUCGCACCAAAAAUAAUAUUGCGUACUAUAAUCGCGAAUGAGAUCUGGAGAAUUUCCUCACAAUUCAGCGACAAUCCAUGAUCCAGAUUUCAGCAGCGGGAUAAUCUGGAUCCUGCAGCGACAUCGGCUCGGAUCAUCAGCCCGUCGGGAUCUGAGGGAUCACUUCCAGAGAUCGCCCAUCAUCACCACUGAAGGGAGAAGAUGCCGUUCCACCAUGUGACGGCAGGAUUGCUGUACAAAGGGAACUAUUUGAGUCGCUCACUGUCCGAACACAGCAAUAGUGAACAGCUCGCCAACAUCUCCGUGGAGGAACUAGAUGAGAUCCGGGAGGCGUUCAGGGUCCUGGAUCGGGAUGGCAAUGGGUUCAUCUCCAAGCAGGAGCUUGGCAUGGCCAUGCGCUCACUAGGGUACAUGCCCAGUGAAGUGGAGCUGGCAAUCAUCAUGCAGAGACUGGACAUGGAUGGUGAUGGACAGGUGGACUUUGAUGAGUUCAUGACGAUACUCGGACCGAAGCUCCUGUCCAAUGAAACACGGGAAGGUUUCCUUGGAAACACAAUUGACAGCAUAUUCUGGCAGUUUGACAUGCAGCGGAUAACACUGGAGGAGCUGAAACACAUCCUUUUUCAUGCCUUCCGGGACCACCUGACGAUGAAGGACAUCGAGAACAUCAUCAUCAAUGAGGAGGAGAGCUUGAACGAGAACUCGGGGAACUGUCAGACCGAGUUUGAGGGUGUUCAUCCCAAAAAGAAGAAUCGGCAGACGUGUGUGCGCAAGAGCCUGAUAUGCGCGUUCGCCAUGGCCUUCAUCAUCAGUGUCAUGCUCAUCGCGGCCAAUCAGAUGCUGCGCAACGGCAUGGAGUAGCGACACCACUGUGAGCGGGGCGGAGCCUGCAUGUGCAUGUCUGUGGAUGAAGUUAUCGAAACUCGAGAAACAAAACCAAACGCCUCACUACUGAAAAGAGGAGCUUUUUAUUCUUUUUUUAUUUGUAUUCUCCCAUUACUUUUCCACGCGGAUCAAGCGACACAGGAAGUGUAGAGGCGAGCCAAGCCAGCAUGUUACACAGGGCCUCAUCUCUCAGGCAGGGACUUUAAAGGGCUGACUUUCUGCUUUUCGUGCCACCUCUUCACCUUCCCUAAUGCAAUAACACGCAGGAGUUCAUAAACCGUCGCCGUCUCCUCCGUGGCUUCAGAUAUUUCAGCAGGAAUUCGCUAAUGAACUUCUGCUGGGUUCGGGCCUCCUGACGAUGUAGGAAGGCAAAAGUAAUUGACAACUCAUUACACCUUUGUGGAGGGAGAUUUACAGCAUCCACUCCGGAGACUAUUUAUGUUUGCUUUUGCCAGAGUGCUUUUCUGGCGCGGGGGAUGCUGGGAGGCCAGGGAAGGAGCGCUCGUUGUAGUCCAUAAUUAAAUCCAUAGUCGUCAGCUCCAAAAAUCCAUGAGCCUGACUCAUAGUUUUCAUCAUUUCAAAUGUGUUCUGCUAUUCAAUUGUGCGAUCUUCCUGUGUCUAAUGCUUUUCCUGAAGUGAUUUGUAAUGAGCACGCCCACGCAAAAUGUUGAAACACAACGGAAAGUUGUGCAGAUUUCCACAAAAUUGGAACUGCCGUCAUACAGGAGUUCUAGUUCCAUGUUUGUUCCAACAGUUGUUUUGUUCAAAUUGGGAUUACAUGGGGAAACAGGUUUAAUUCCCAGGAAAUCAGUGUAUAUCUUGAAUGCAUUUUAGGUCGCUUUGAGUAAAAUUAUCUACCAUAUAGAGUCCUGCAGUCGUGAUGUCAAAACCCAGAAGACUAAUUUGCCGUUGAGAUUUUCCCAUGGGUUUUUAUAAUGGUUUUUUUAAUUAUUAUUUUUUUUAUUUAUGAGUAAAAUAAGAUCUGUGGUUAAUUUAAAUUGAUGAUACUUGGACAUUUUGAUCUACAACAUAAAUGAUACACAUCCAUAAUGGAAACAUGAUUUUGAAGCAGUUACUUAAGAAAGGUUUGUAAUAAGUAACUACAUUGUAACAACAAAGUAACUACAUAGUAAUUACAUUCAAACAGACUUUUUGGGUGUGGAUGUGUGCAGUUCAUGUUGUACAACAAAAUGCCAAGUUUCAUCAAGUUUCAGUUACCACAGACCUUAUUUUACUAAUUAAGUAAAAAGCCCAAUCAAAAUAAAUAAAUAAAUAAAAUAAAAACACUGUGAAACCUGUGGCGAAUUAGUCUUCUAUGUUUUGACGUCACAGCUACAGCCCUUUAUUCAGUCAUGUUGUUUAUAUGUUUUUGCAAUGACAUUUACAUUAUGGUAAA